AUGGCAGACGAAUUCAACGAGGACGGAAACACGGCAUUCGAUUCUGAGCAAGAAAAUCAGGACGCUGAUAAUAACGACAGAGCAAUAGUCACUCACCAAGGGGUGACUAAUCAGCACAAAGAAGGCACUUCGGGGGGGUGCCUGGAGCAGUUGGAGCAAGAGCUAGAACGACAGCGAGAGGAUGAGAGAAAUUUGAGGAAUGUGAUUGAGCGACGAAAGGAGCUUGAGGAAAAACUCCGAAGGCUAGAAUCCUCUCUCAAAGGUCAAAACUCUCGCAGUGACCGAGAAAACUCUCCCUUGGGAGGAGAAGAUCCAUUCAGUGAGGACAUUAUGAGGGCAAAAGUGCCAAAAAACUUUAAAAGCCCUGAUAUGGACCUUUAUGAUGGAACCACGGAUCCAAAGCAUCAUUUAAGCAAUUUUAAAAGUUGGAUGUACCUAGCCGAUGCUUUUGAUGCUACUCGUUGCAAGGCUUUCCCGACAACCCUGACUAAAGCAGCGAUGAAGUGGUUCGGUAGUCUCCCCCCGAGGUCAGUCAGUAGUUUUGAUGACCUCUCGCGGAAGUUCCUCAUACGAUUCUCAAUCCAAAAGGAUAAGGUAAAGCACGCACCGAGCCUCCUAGGAGUAAAACAGGAGGUCGGAGAACCUUUAAGGGACUACAUAAAAAGGUUCAACAAAGCGUGUUUGGAGAUUCAAGACCUGCCCACGGAGGCAAUAAUUAUGGGCCUAGUAAAUGGACUCCGAGAAGGCCCCUUCUCCCAGUCCAUCUCGAAAAGGCACCCAACAUCCCUGAGUGAUGUACAGGAGAGAGCUGAGAAGUACAUCAAUAUAGAAGAAAAUGCCAGACUUCGAGAGACAAGCUGGCGACCUGGGCACUCUCACUCAUCAAAUGAGAGAGAAAAAGAGCCCAAAAAGAAAGAGGAAGUCGGCCCUGAAAGGCCUAGGAGAUAUCACUCCUAUACUCCUCUACGAGUUUUCCUAGUUGACGUAUACAGGGAAAUUUGCCAUACUGAAAGACUACCUCCCCCUAGGCCCAUAAAAAAUAAAAAGGGAGGGAGUCAUGGUGACUACUGUGAGUACCAAAAACUGGCCAGAGAAGGUCAGCUGGACAGAUAUCUCAUGGAAAGGUCAGAACAUCAUGACAAGAGGAAGCGAGACGAAGAGGACCGAAGAGAUCCACCACCGCAGACCCCAGAAAGACAUAUACACAUGAUCUCAGGAGGGUUUGCUGGAGGUGGUCUCACAAAGUCAUCAUGA